CAUCGCUGUCGUUUCGUUUGUUGAUUUGUUUGUUGACUUUGUUGUGUAGUUAGAAUUGUUGUGUUUUCGUAAAUAAAUCAAUUGAAUGGAUAAAAUCCUCUGAUCCUACUGCAAAAUGAGUAAUUUUGAAUUUGCCAUACCACUACAGAAGGAUGAAUUACUUGAAUCCCAUGCGGGACAGUAUCAUGUUGAGGAUAUCGUACAACCCCGCGUACUUUUAUCAAAAUUACAAGAUGCUGCACGGGCUUUUAAUGCUGAAGGAGUUGAAUACAUAUUGGAACACUUUGAUACGUAUUUCUCUAUCAUAGUUCACGGCAACAAGCUUGAGUGGAAUGUUAUAAAUAAAGGAUUUGAACACAUUGUUCGUGCAAGCAAAAGCCUGUGUAACCACUUAGAGCUCAUGUUUCAAGACAAAGAAAUUGAUUCAGACCUUAGAAAUAAAAACUUGAACAUUUUGAAAAUGAUGAUGUACUUGUAUACACAAAUUAUGAAGACUAAAGACACUAAACUUGCUACAGAUAACUCAACCAAGCUGACACUGGGUAAAAAAGGCAAGAAAGUAACAACAGAUGAAGAUGAGAUUUGUGGCUGGACAGAGUCUGACAAGCAGGCAGCUUUAGUUACACUCAAUCUAGUACUGCAGCAACCUUUGUUUAGACUUUGGGACCCACCAUUAGCUGAAGACAACUUUGUGUCAAUGGUGGCAGAUCCAUGCUACAAGGCAUUGGAAGAACAAAUAAUAAAAAACAAAUCUGUAAGAGAAACUGUAUUUCAAGUACUUGGAGUGCUGAUAAAAAAGUACAAUCAUGGCACAUCGUGUCUCAUCAAAUUGGUGCAGGUACUUCAAAUGGUGGAACAUGCUGUGUCGCCAAUUUGCGCAGGAGUUGUGCAACUAACAAAAGAAUUUGGACUUGGAACUUUUGGUCCUCAAAUGGUGAGAGAAAUAGCAGAGGCAUUAGCAUCUACAGAAGAUGAGAAUGUUGGUGCUGGUACUGAGCAGGGAGCUGCCAGGAAUUGUGGCGCCUUCUUACUAGAACUGACUAAGGAAAUGCCUAAAGAGAUGACCACUGCCAUCGCCACCAUACAACCAUAUUUGGAGAGUGACGAGUCGUACACGCUCCGUAUCAGUGUGUUGGGCAUGAUGUGCGAAGCGCUAAGCUCUGAGCUCCGCGGGGAGGGCCUGCCCGACGAUAUGCGCGCGCAAAGAGACGACUUCCUCGACGAUCUCUACGAACAUAUGCACGACCUCUCCGCAUACGUGCGACAUAAGGUGCUGCAAUUUUGGUGUCGUCUGCAAAGAGAGAACUGUGUACCUGUAAGUCGGCAGAAAACUGUACUUGAGCGAUCCAUCGGCCGGCUGAAGGACAAGGCUGCACUCGUCAGGAAAGCUGCCGUACAGCUGCUGAAGAUAUUUUUAGAAUGCAAUCCAUUCUCAGCACAAUUGAAAUUAGAAAUACUGGAGGAACAAUUGAAAACCGAGCAGGAUAUAUUGGAUGACCUACAAAAGAAGUUGAAUAAUGGACCUGAUCCAGAGUUAAUAAAACAAUGGGAUAGUUUAGAAAGUGAAGUAGUAAGUGCUAUAAAAAAAGGUAUGGAAGUCCUUACACAAGAUGAGCCGGAACUGUCCCAGGCUUCACUGGACAAUUUGUACGAAGCAAUUCGCAAACAUCUACGUGAGAAGAAUUAUUACAAGGCGUACCUUAUCGUCAAAUACACUGAGAGACAGUAUCCUGAUGCUAAGUUAAUGAGAUGUGAUAUGGAAAAGAGUGAUCAGAUUGCGUACUUCGUAGCAUUACUCCGAAACAUAUUCAUAAUACCGGAUAGAACGGAGUCUCUAACACAGCAGUGUGAACAAGAGCUAGCACUUUAUAAAAGAGUAGAAGAAAAGGAGAACAUUGUGGCGUUCCUCCAAGAGUCAGUACAUUUCAGUCGAAUGGUAUCUGAAGCAGUACCUGUUAUAAACUCCUUGCUGAUGUCCAAGCAAGCUGGGGACGUUAGUGAGGCCAUAGACUUCUUCACGACGGCUCAUCAUUUCAAUAUCGAGUCUGCGAAGAUGGGUGUGGCCAAUAUGUUGCUGCUUGUUUGGUCUCCUGAUCAGGAUAAACGUGAAGCAGUAGAGCGUGCAUACCGCGAUAUGUAUUUGGAGUGUGACAACAAGGCGGAGCGCGCCCGGUGCUUCGCCAUUGCCAAGAAGCUAGUCUCCCUCAUGUCGCAUAUUGACCGCGGCAGUGCAAUGGCGCUGGAACAUCUCGUCGCCAAGUGGGUUGAAAAAGGAGACAUCAGUCCUGGUAUUAUACAGGUGUUCUGGGAAAUGUUUCUGAAGAAAAUUGAUGGGACUACAGACAUGGAUAGUUACGCGGCACUCACCCUAUUGGUGAUGGUCGCGAAGGCGAAACCUUCUGUAGCAGUCGCUAACCUUGACGUUAUACAAACACACGGACUGACGGCCGAUUAUAACUCGAGAAAUUUAAGUGUACAGCUGUUGCUCUCAUUGGCUAAAAAGAGCCAAAGAUAUCCCGAAGACCAUGCACUGUUUACCUCAAUCUUCGAUAGUUUAAUGGAAGCAUUCUCGAAGUUCGAUAGAUUUACAUCAUUUGCAGCCAACUCUAUAGACCUAAUAUACGCUAUCUGCGACACUCCGGAGAUAUUGAGUGCGAAGAUUUUGGCAGAAAUGUACAAAAGAAUCGAAGAGACAAUGGUGAAAGAUGAUGAGAAAGAAGAAAUCACAUUACCUGUGGAACUGCUGACUCGCUUCGUAUUUGUACUGGGACAAGUAGCACUACAGCAGCUUAUAUAUCUGGAUAUAAAUGUAUACAGUGAACUCAGGAGAAGAAACCAGGUUCGUGAAGAAAGAAAGGCUGAAGAAAAACGUAAAAAGAAAGCAGGCGCAUUUGCGACGCCGGGAAAACGUGGCCGCGUGGACGACCUACGUCGACAGACUCUAAUGAAUGUCAGUAAUGCAAGCGCUUCGUCCAGACAACAGCGAUCUGCCAGCGUCACCUCCACCAAAGGACCUUCGGUGAACACGACGAUGACGGAGGAGGAGGCGCUGGAGGGCGCCGUUGCGGACGACGCGGACGCGGAGUACGUGCGCGGCGUGUGCGAGCGCGACAUCGUGGGCGCGGGCGCGGCGCUGGCGCGCUACGUGCCCACGCUGCGCGCGCUGCUCACCGCGCCCACCGCGCCCAGCCUACAGGCCGCCGCCGCACUCACUUACACCAGGUUCAUGUUGGUAUCGAGCGCAGUGUGUGACGAAGGUCUGCAGCUGAUGAUGACAGUACUGAAGAAGUCAAAGAAUGUUGCUAUGAGAACCAAUUUAACUAUUGCUUUUGCUGAUCUUACGUUGCGUUUCCCCAAUCUCACACAGCCUUGGACACAUCAUAUUUAUCAUAUAUUAAGUGACGAAGAGUUGGAAAUUCGUCAAUGUGCAGUUAAAAUGCUCUCUUUCCUGGUUCUACAUGAAAUGGUGAGAGUGAAGGGACAGAUCGCGGACAUGGCACUCUGCUGCGCGGACAAAGACCCGCGAGUUGCAUCCAUGACAAAAAUUUUCUUCAAACAAUUAUCACAGAAAGGCAACGCCUUGUACAACGUCAUGCCGGACAUAAUAUCGAGGCUAAGUGAUCCUGAAUUGAACGUACCCGAGGAGCAUUACCGAUCUAUUAUGAAGUAUAUCACAUCUCUUAUACAAAAGGACCGUCAAAUGGAAGCCCUAAUUGAGAAAUUAUGCCAAAGAUUCAAGCUCUCAACGGAAGAGCGACAGUGGCGUGAUCUGGCGUACUGUCUCUCCUUAUUUACGUACAACGAAAGGUCUUUACGUAAACUGAUUGAGAACCUCGAUUGUUACAAAGAUAAGCUCCAUUGUGCGGGAGUAAUGGACUCCUUUAAUACGUUGAUGAAUAACACGUCAAAAAUGGCGCGCAACGAAAUUAAGGCUCUUGUUACGGAAUUAGGAGAAAAAAUAGAGGAAUGCUUUGCUGUUCGUGGCGAAGAGAACACUGAAGAUAAUAGCGAAGGAGCUGCUAACAGUGGAUCACCGCCCACUCGAAAGAACGAGACGGUCAAAGCAACACCGCGUCGUAAACCAGCCGCUAGAAGAAACCGACGUAAAUCUUCUUCCAGUCCAGAUGAGAAUGAACCUCCAAGUAAUGAAAAGACACCACAAAGUGUAAGAAAAUCUAGCAGAAAAGCGGCGACGAGGACAAAAAAGGAAGUCGCAAAUGAUUCCGAUGAAUCCGAUGACGAUUUCCAGAAGAAGGAUGAUGAGGAAGUGUUCAAAAAACCUACCGUCAAGAAAACAACACGACGAAGAAGAUUAUAAUGUUAUUUUGUAUCAUUUUUCUCGUAAUAUAUUGCGAA